GGAGGGAGGGCAAAGCGAGCGAGCAGGCGAGCAGCGGCGCGGCGAGCCCUGCCUGGCCCUUUAAGGACUGCCGGUUCCGGAAUAGCAGCCGCCGCAGCCGCCCGGCAGUCACUGGAGAGACCCUCUCCGCUCGCACCCGCCGUGGGGAGCGCGCAGCCCGCGGAGCGGCUGUCCCAGUGGCAGUGCCCUGCGCCGAGGCGUCGCGCUGGCUUCCCCCUUGCAGCAGCUGGGCAAAGCCGCCGCUGCCCCUCCGUACCCCGGACCCCGCUCCUCCGCCGGACCGCUUCCGGAUAAAAAAACCCACGCCGGAGGGGUGGUCCAGCAGCGCCCCGCCCCGGCCCCUCUCGCCGGCCAAGAGCCACUGCGGGCUUGCGGGGAGUGAGCCCCCUCCCCAACCUCUCGUUUGAACAGCGCCCCCCCCCAAUUUCCCUGGACGCUGCCGCUGCCGCCCAAGCCACCCGUCGUCCAAGCUCCCCAGCCGGCUGCUUGUGGCCCGCCGACCUCUGUCUCCCUCCAGCAGCCCCUGCUCGCCCCGCGCCCUCGCCGCCCCGCCGGGCGGGGAUGGCCCACGGCGGGCUCCUGCUCUUGCUGCUCCAGCUGCUGGCGGCGUCGGGGGCCGAGGAGCCGUCGCGGCCGGCCUGCCCGGCGUGGACGGAGCCAGAGCCACCCUUCGACGCGCUCUACGCGGCCGGCGUGGAGGCGCACUCGCGGGGCGACUUCGCGGGCGCCGUGCGCUGCCUGGAGCGGGCGCUGAGCGCGCACCGCCGCCUGCGGGAGACGCGCCUGAGCUGCGGGCUGCGCUGCCGUCGGCAGGCGCCGCUGCCGGCCCGGGACGGCUGGGAUGCCCUGCAGAGAGACCUGCCCUUCGCGGCUGCCGUGCUGCGCCGGGCGCGCUGCCUGCGCUCCUGCCGCCGAGACGCGCGCCUCGGCCCGGACUCCCGGCACGUCGCCAGCGAGGAGGUCCGCUCGGAUUUCCAGCGCCGGCUGCCCUACAGCUACCUCCAGAGAGCCUACAUCCAGUUAAACCAGCUGGACAAGGCGGCCGAUGCCGCACACACCUUCUUUUUGGCCAACCCGGAGCACAUGGAGGUGCAGCAGGACAUUGAGAAGUACAAGACCAUGGCGGGGAAGGUCGAUUUGGUGGACCGAGAGGCCAGGCAGCACAUGGAGGACUACCUUUCGGGAGUGAGGCAUUAUGACAAAGAGGAGUACCACCUGGCGAUCGAUUUCCUGGAACGGGCGCUGAAGGGAUACGACGUUGCUGACGCGGAGUGUCGGGUCCUGUGUGAAGGCCCACAGAGAUUUGAGGAGUAUGAGUAUCUGGAGUAUAAAGCCAACUUCUACGAAGCCAUCGCGGAUCACUACAUGCAAGUCUUGGUGUGCCAGCAUGAAUGCGUGAGGGACCUGGCCACGCGUCCCGGGCGCCUCUCUCCCAUCGAUAACUACCUCCCCCUCCACUUUGACUUCUUGCAGUUCGCUUAUUACAGAGUUGGUGAUUAUGUCAGAGCCCUGGAGUGUGUCAGGUCAUACCUCCUCUUCCACCCGGAUGAUGAAGAUGUCUUGGACAACGAGAGCUACUACGAAAGCCUCUUAGAAGGGUCUGUGGACCUGGAGAGUAUCAAGCCCAGGGAGGAAGCCGUGAUGUUCCUGAGGCGACAUAAGCUGGAAGCACACCUCUUGCAGACAGCAGCAGCUGGCCUGGGGUUUCUGUACACUGAGCCGACUUACUGGAGCAUCUCUGGAGCCCGGCAAGAUGAACACAGGAUUCCUUCAGGUGUCCUCAGCGACCAGGUGGAUGCUUCUGGACGGCCCCUGGGAAAGAAGAACCCUCCAAAAGCGGACCGUGAGCUGAGGGAAGGGGGGCCCCUCCUCUUCAGCGAUGUGACCUUUGUCUAUAACUCGGAGCAGCUGAACGGGACCCAGCGGGUGCUGCUUGACAACGUGAUCUCGGAGGAGGAUUGCCAGGAGCUGCACCGGGUGGCGAACGGCAUCCUGCUUGCUGGAGACGGCUACAGGGGAAAGACCUCGCCUCACACCCCCAAUGAGAGGUUUGAAGGGGCCACAGUCCUGAAGGCACUCAAGUUCGCCUAUGAGGGGAGAGUGCCUCUGAAGAGCGCCCGCCUCUUCUAUGACGUCAGUGAGAAAGCCCGCAAGAUUGUGGAGUCCUACUUCAUGCUCAAUGCUACCCUCUAUUUCUCCUACACACACCUGGUGUGCCGGACUGCCCUGUCAGGCCAGCAGGAGAGGAGGAAUGACCUGAGCCACCCCAUCCACGCGGAUAAUUGUCUGCUGGACCCAGAAGCCAAUGAGUGCUGGAAAGAGCCCCCGGCUUACACCUUCCGGGACUACAGUGCCCUCCUGUACAUGAACAGCGAUUUUGAAGGCGGCGAGUUUAUCUUUACCGAGAUGGAUGCCAAGACGGUCACGGCCUCUAUAAAACCCAAAUGUGGCCGCAUGAUCAGUUUCUCCUCCGGCGGGGAAAACCCGCACGGUGUGAAGGCCGUCACCAAAGGCCAGCGGUGUGCAGUCGCCUUGUGGUUCACUCUCAACCCGCUCUACCGGGAACUGGAGCGGAUCCAAGCAGACGAAGUGAUUGCGGCCUUGGACCAGGAGCGCCUCGGAGGACCCAGCCAGCUCAGCAUCAACCCCAAGGACGAGCUAUGAACUAGGCCAAGGACCCACCAUUAAAAUAUUUAUUUAAUAUUUGUUUUAAA